AUGGGCGAAACUUCCGACAGCAAAAUCGAUAUCAAGGAAUGUGACAUGGGCGAAUCGGAGCAGUUCAUCUGUCUGGAUAUUGUGAAAACCGCUCAAAAACUCUACGAACUCGAUAAAGAUGUGGCAGCUUUCUGUAAAGAGGAACUCGAUAAACGUUUCGGUCCAACCUGGCAUGUCAUUGUUGGGAAAAGCUUUGGCUCAAGAAUCAAUCCAUCAAAUCAUUUCACAAGGAUGACCGAAAAGGAAAAUUUCAUGGCUAUCGGAAUGGAUAACGAAAACGAGUACGAAGAGUCGAUGGCACUAAUCGGUCCUCCACCAGCAUAUCUAGACGCCAAUUCAGAUCCAAAUUUUCCCGGGUCUACUGUGAUCACCGUUCAACCAAAUUACAUCAUCAGUCAACCACUUGACAUCAAGCCAUGUUUACUUAGAUGCCCAAAUUGCCUCCAGAUAACGACAACCGAAGUCACCUAUUUUUCCAGAUUCUUCGCUUGGCUCCUGUGCAAGGUUUUUUUCGCUUUUGGAUGCUGGCUCUGUUGCUGUAUCCCAUUCUGUUGUAAAGAAUGUAAAGAGGUUGAACAUCGUUGUCGAAAUUGUAAACAUCUUAUUGGAACUUACAAAAGAUUA